AUGAGCUCCAGCCAGCCAGGGACCUGCCCAUGCCAGGGUGCUGCAGGCCGCCCAACCAUUCUGUAUGCACUUCUGAGCCCCAGCGUCAGGGACUGGCCCUCUGUGCCCCCAGCCCGUGGCCGCUGCCUGUGCAGGCAGCACCGGCCCGUCCGGCUGUGUACUCCCCAUCGCACCUGCCGGGAGGCCUUGGAUGUUCUGGCCAAGACGUUGGCCUUCCUCAGGAACCUGCCGUCCUUCUGCCAGCUGCCCCCCCAGGAUCGGCGACAGCUGCUGCGGUGCUGCUGGGGCCCCCUCUUCCUGCUUGGGUUGGCCCAAGACACUGUGACCUUCGAAGUGGCUGAGCUCCCAGUUCCCAGCAUACUCAAGAAGAUCCUGCUGGAGGAGCCCACCAGCGGUGCAGGCCAUGGCCAGGUGUUGGAUCGGCCCCAGCCCUCACUGGCUGCAGUGCAGUGGCUUCAGUGCUGCCUGGAGUCCUUCUGGAGUCUGGAGCUGGGCCCCAAAGAAUAUGCCUACCUGAAAGGGACCAUCCUCUUCAACCCUGACGUGCCAGGCCUCCACGCCUCCUCCCACAUCGGGCACCUGCAGCAGGAGGCGCACCAGGCCCUGUGGGAGGUCCUGGAGCCCUGGUGCCCAGCAGGCCAAAGCCGCCUGGCUCGUGUCCUCCUCACGGCCUCCACCCUCAAGUCCGUUCCACCCAGCCUGCUUGGAGACCUGUUCUUUCACCCUGUCAUUGGAGACGUUGACAUCGCUGGCCUCCUCGAAGACAUGCUUUUGCUGAGGUGA